AUGGUGCCUGACGACUCGCUGAUCACCAGAAUCGAUGGAUGCGUCCUGAUUCUAGUACCCUCUUCCCGUUUUCUACCCUAAUCCGAGCCAAUCUCAUUCAGAUGUCUUCUCUCGGACUCUUUUUCAACGUCUCCUCCCUUUUCCACUUUUUAUCCGUCGAACGAUCCAGUUUCUACAUUAUGUGCACAUCAAAAACCAUCUCAAACUCGAUUAUUCUGUCCGUCUAUUUGCUCUACAACGGUCCUUCGGCACUAUUGUAACCUCAGCUCAAAUCACAAUAGUCCUAAUGCACUUUUAGCUACACUAUUAUCGGUCCGGACAUUAUGAAUCACUACCUGAACCAAGCCGUCACUUACGGAAUUUUUCUUCUCGGACCAUUUGUCCAAUCGCUAAUCACAAUCAACCGGCUCCUCGUGGUUUGGACGUCUCCGGCGGCGACACCGCGCUACAGUAAUCAGGUUACGGUAGCCGUGUUGGCAGUCUGUUGGCUCAUCGGAGUGUACAUUACGACAAUGUACGGGUUUACAGGUAUAAAAGAGAUCUAUGUGGUUUCAAAAAAAAAAAGUAAGUAACUCUCACACCCAGAGACGUGUUUGAUCAAACUGGUAUUCGAACCAUUGGAGUGGUCGAGAGAAGAGUGCACCGACAAGCGGGUCUAUAAGUUUAUGGACAAUAUCGUCUACUUGCUCGGCGGUCUGGCGAUCGGCUCGAAUCUGAUCAAUGUGCUAGUCGUCAUCAAACUCAUUCUUUUGUCCUCGGUGAGUCUGUGGCACUUUUCCAGACAAAAAAAUGUGAAUCGGAAGCCGAAUGGCCGAGUUUUGGCAAAAAUAGCGGCCUUCUCGGCUUCAAACCUGAGUAUUUCGGGACCAGAUGAUCCGAUCGAUCUGAAACGUGAACCCAAUAUACUUCAACCCAAGCCCAAAAAGCCUGAAAAGUUUGGGCCGGCCUAUCACCCGUCUCCUUCAGAACUCGAGCCUUUCCAACGAGAACAGUCGACGAAGGCAUCGAACAAUGGUCCGAUCGUUCGUUCAAAGUUGUUUCCAAGACUGGAUCUACGUUUUUGACGCCACGAACAGCAUGUACAUUAGAGAAUCGGUCGAGAAUGAGAUACUCGUGUUUGUGACUACACUCUUCUCGAAUGUAAUGGCUCAUGUGGCUGAUGGGUCAGUUUACCGCUCAUUCAAAUCGAUUUAUCACAGCCGCCGGUGGAGAUAUCAAAAAGUUGUCAACUGGUAAAGUGUUCAAUAAGAAAUUGUGUACAUUUUACUAGUUGACACCUUUUUGAUACCUCUACCGACAGCCGAGAUAAAAGCUUUUCAGGUUCUUGAUGUACAUGUUCAACUGUCGGGGCGCCGGUAGCCGAACAGUUACGCUUACAGCGGCAAAUGCCAACAGAAUAUGACGCGUUAUUGGAUAAUUUUGAUUGAAUAGCUAAUAUUUGAGUGAGUAUAACAUUUUUUUAGCAUAAUCUACAAGUCUACUACUUCAUUUUUCCAGUUGACAACUUGUUUGUACCACCACUCGGAAGCCUACUGUAUCUUGUUGAACUUCAAUGAAAAAAUGAAGUACUAGACAGUGUCUGGGCCCAAAACACAAACGAAAAAGCAUGAGUAAAUGCUCACAGGUCUACAACUUAUGGAAUUAGACACCUGGACGGAAAAAAAAACCAAUCUUAAUCCAAUUUGCCCCCGUUUUCAGUUCCGUCACGACAGAAAUGAAAAUGUAUGAGUGUGGAAAUAAAUGGUCGUGGUGGAGCCGAUAACCGCACUCUACGCCGGCAUUUUCAUGAUUCUGGUGGGUACCGUAAUCCUUUACACCCGCCCGUUAACUGAAGAUUUUCCAGAUGGGUCUAAUCGGCCUCUUUUUCAAUGUUUCCGUCUUUAUUCACUUUUUGGCCUGGGAAAAAACGAGUUUCUACCUAAUUUGUACCUCAAAAUCCGUCUCCAACUCGAUCAUUCUUCUCGUUUACGUCUUCUACAACGGUCCCUCGGCGCUCAUGUAAGUGGUCCCCUACCGUAAUCCUCGAAUCUCUCUCUUUUUAUUUCAGGUACACAAUGAUCGGGUCCCAGUUGCUCAACCGGUACCUAAACCAGGCCAUCUCAUACGGAGUCUAUCUGCAAGGUCCGAUGACCCAAGUACUGAUCACUGUCAACCGGUUCCUGGUAGUUUGGGCCUCGCCCACGAAGACGUCGGAGUACAGUAAUCGGAUUACUGUAGGCGCGCUGGCAAUCUGUUGGCUCAUCUCUUUCUACUUUAUUUUCAUGCCCGGAGCCCUGGUCACAUGUUUGCUCAGGUUUAAUGUACAGGAAUUGUACUGGCUGGCCGACGAGUGCGUCGGCUUUCCGGAUUUCAUUCUCGGAUCCCAUUUUCUUUACGUCGUCCUUCCGCUGGGACUCUUCUCGAAUUGUGUCAAUGUUCUUGUGGGUGUCAAACUUUUUCUACUCAAUGUAACUCGAUUUUACUGGAAAUUUCAACUCAAAAAAAAUCAAGGCAAUUUUAGCGCACUCAAGCCCAACGGAUGUCGUCGAAAGCGAAUGCAAGUCGGCGGAAAACUACAAUUCGAUUAUUUGUCCAGGCAUGUUUUCAAGAUUGGAUUUAUGUGCUCGACACGGUGAACAGCCUAUUCGUCUAUGAACUGAUGCCCGAAGGAUUCUGGACUUUCUUUGUGACUUUGGGAUCGAAUGUGUUGACUCAUGUGGCUGAUGGGUGA